UUUUUAAGGUUUGCGGUACACAACUCUAUCGAUUUUACGACGAAAUGACGAUGUACGAUAGUGAGGGGCGUGCCGCAAACAGGUGUGAUCUGACAACAUGGAGGACGACGCUCCUGUGAUCUACGGGCUGGAGUUCCAGGCUCGUGCCCUUACACCUCAGGUGGCAGAAACAGACGCCAUCCGCUUCCUGGUUGGCACUCAGUCCCUCAAGUUUGAAAACCAGAUCCACCAGAUAGACUUUGACGAUGAGAACAAUAUCCUGAACAAGAAUGUGUUCCUGCACCAGCCAGGGGAAGUUUGGCAUGUCAGCGCCAGCCCAGCAGACAAGGCAGUGCUCACAACUGUGUACAAUAACACCUCGGAACAGAAAGCUGAGAUGUGCGGUGCAGUAUGGAGAAUUCCCUCAGAGUUUGACGCUUCAGCCAAUGAUGCCCAGGAUGACACGUCUGCCUCCGCACAGGCACUGGAGCUGCUAUGUCACCUUGAUGAUGGUAACCAUAGUAACAUGGUUAGCACCGUGUGGGAGCCUGCUGGUGAUGGUAAGAAGCUGAUCUCCCUCACAGAGAACAAUAUCCUCAUGUGGGACCUGGAUGUCAGCAGCUCUCAGGCUAAGGUAUGUGUGCUUCACAAUACAGUUAUCAUCUGUGGUGUUGUUGUUUUAUGUUUUCGCUAAAGCAGUACGUAUACAUGUACGUCUUGUAUAUCUCCAAACUUAAGCAGCGGUUUUAUUGUGACGGUUGUACUACAAGUGUACUGCAUUGAUAAUGCCCAUGGUCAGCUGGUCAGAGAGCUGGACUUCAACCCCAACAAACAGUACUACCUGGUCAGCUGUGGAGACGACUGUAACGUCAAAUUCUGGGAUGUCAGAAAUUCUACCGAACCCGUUUUGACUCUGUCUGAACAUUCUCACUGGGUGUGGAGUGUCCGGUACAACCACUUCCACGACCAGCUGGUACUGACGUCAAGUAGUGAUAGUAGGGUCAUCCUUCACAACAUGGUGUCCAUCUCUUCCGAACCCUUCGGCCACCUCAUCGAUGAAGAUGAUGACAGUGAGGAGGAUGAAGAGAACAAGAAAGAAAAACCAAAAGAGCCAGAGAAAGAUGGUGUGAUUGGUACGUACGAGGAGCAUGAAGACAGUGUGUACGCUGCAGAGUGGUCCACAGCAGACCCAUGGCUAUUUGCUUCCCUUAGUUAUGAUGGUCGCCUGGUUAUCAACAGAGUUCCAAAAGCUGUGAAAUAUAAAAUCCUCUUAUAAUUGUUACUACACAUGAAUCCUACUUGUAGUAAAAAAAUUAUAUAUGAUUGAAAACUGACCUUUAGUUAUGAGAUAAGAAUUAUAGUCUUGAAAUUGGCUUAAUUUUUGCUGCCUUUGCUGAUGAUUGCAUCAGCGAAGGACACAUGGAACAACCGACCAUUUUGUCCUGGAGGCAGUAAAAACUUUGUAUGUCAAUAUGUAACGUUAACUGUCAACUAGUACCAACACACUUUUUCCCUUGGGGGAAGAUAAUUUUAUGUGCACUAUUAAGGUACAUGUAAUCAUGUUUGGGCCUCUUUUAGAGUAUGGGGCACUCAACAUGUUGGUGACAUUCCUGAAACAUCAUCCUAGUAAUAGUAGUAUGCUAUGUUACUCUAGUCGUGAAUAACUUAAAAAGAAAUUCAGUAUGUAUUCAUUGUCCAUGACGUAAAGUGUUGGAAAAGCAACAGACUUCUGGUUGCCUGAAUAUUUGAAAUACAAGAUGUAAGUUAAAGCUGACUUCAAUAAAAUUGCAUAGAUCUAAGGGAAAAAA